GCAUCGGCACGGCCAUCGAUUUUGUGCUUUCCAAUGCCCGGCUGGUGCUGGGGGUGGGUGGAGCGGCCAUGCUGGGCAUCGCCACACUGGCAGUUAAGCGGGGACUGGUCCCUCCUGAUAACAUAUCCAAAGUAUGUGAGAUGAAGUCUUGCCAUCGUUUCUAAGGAUCGUUCUGGCUGUAUUUCUUCUAAGACAUCUGUUCGUUCUUUUGGCAGUCCAUGGUAUGUUCAAUAUUCCUCGCCAACACCACAGUUCAAAGGCGUCAGUUCUUGUUCGGGCUUCCUUAUUCACUGUCCAGCUUUCACAUGCAUAUGAGGGGAUUGAAACACCAUGGCUUGGGUCAAGUGCACCUUAGUCCUCAAAGUGACAUCUUUGCUUUUUAACACUUUAAAGAGAUCUUUUGCAGCAGAUUUGCCCAAUGCAAUGCCUGACACGUAGUAUUUGUUGAAUAAGUGACUCUGUUCAACAUUAUGGUCCGGUAGUCCCCCCUUAACUGUGCUGUCACUUUCCAUAGUUCCAGUUACUCAUGAUCAAUGGCAGUCCGAAAUAUUAAAUGGAAGAUUCCAGAAAUAAACAAUUCAUACGUUUUAAAUUGCGUGCCAUUCUGAGUAGCAUGAUGAAGUAUUGGGUCUUCCUGCUCAGUCCCGCCCAGGAAGUGAAUCAUCCUUUUGUCCAACAUAUCUGGGUUGUAUAGGCUAACCCACCUGUUAGUCACUUAGUAGCUGCCUCAAUUAUCAGAUCCACUCUCGAGGUAUCGCAGUGCUUGUAUUCAGGUAACCCUUAUUGUACUUAAUAACGGCCCCAAAGUGGAAGAGUGGUGGUGCUGGCAGUUUGGAUAUGCCGUAAAGUGCUUCCUUUAAGUGAAAAGGUAAAAGCGCCCAGCUUACUAAGGAAAGAAAAGAAGUCAUAUGCUGAGGGUUGCUAAGAUCUGCAUGAAUGGACCUUCUAUCCAUAAAAUUGUGAAGAAGGAAAAAGAAAUUUGUGCUGGUUUUGCUCUCACACCUCAGACUGCGAAAGUUACUGCUACACUGCGUGGUAUGUGCUUAGUUAAGGUGGAAAAGGCAUUAAAUUUGUGGGUGGAAGACGUGAACAGAAAAUGUAUUCCGAUUGAUGGCAAAGUGUUGCACCGGGAAGCACUGAGCUUAUAGGAAGACUUCAGCCAGGGGUCCCCAGAACAGGGUACACCAAGCCAUUUACUGUAAGUAAGGGAUGGUUACAGUGUCUACAUCAUUCACCUCGCUUUAUCUCAUCACGUAGGCAUCUUAUUGUCACAUCACAAGAAGAAGGGUGAGUACAGUACAGUAUUUUGAGAGACCACCUUCAUGUAACUUUUAUUACAGUGUAUUAUAAUUUUAUUUUAUUAUUAUUAAUCUCUUACUGCGUCUGAUUUAUAAGUUAUACUUCACCAUGUAUGUAUAGGAAAAAGCACAGUAUAUAGAGUUCAUUACUAUCCGUGGUUGUCAGCAUCCCCUGGGGGUCUUGGAAUGUAUCUCCUGCAGAUGGCGGGGGGGCUGCUCUACAUUCAAUGUUGCAUAGUCAGAAAAACAUUUAUGCAUUCUUAGUGAUAUGGGGAAAUGAUCAACGUGAUGUUAAAUGAAAAAAAUCAGUGUUAUGGAUUGAAUUGUGUCUCCCCAAAAUAUGUGUGAACUUGGUUAGGCCAUGAUUUCCAGUAUUGUGUAGUUGGCCUCCAUUUUGUGAUUGUAAUUUUUUGUUAACAGAGGAUUAGGGUGGGAUUUUAACACCCUUACCUAGGUCACAUUCCUGAUCCAGCGGAACCAGAGUUUCCCUGGGGUGUGCCUUCACCAGCUUUUAUCUCUCAAGAGAGAAAACAGAAAGAGAAGCAAACAGAGGAAGGGGAACCUCACACCACCAAGAAGGCAGUGCCAGGAGCGAGUACAUCCGUUGAACUCAGGGUCCCUUCCUGGAGAAGCUUCUAGUCUUGGGGGGGAAGCUUGAUGCGAAGGCCGGCAGAGAGGGAAAGCCUCCCAUGGAGCUGAUGCCCUGAAUUUGGACUUUUACCCCACUUUACUAUGUACGACCGAGCAAUCAGUGCCCCCACCAGCCCCACCCGUCUGAGCCAUGCUGGGAAAAGGAGCUGGGAAGAGCCAAACUGGAUGGGCUCCCCCCGACUGCUGAACAAGGACGUGAAGACAGGCCUGAGCCGGUCCCUGCAGACCCUUCCCACGGUCUCCUCGGCCUUUGACACAGAUACAUUCUGCCCACCCCAGCCCAAGCCAUUGACCAGGAAGGGCCAGGUAGACUUGAAGAAGUCACGACUCCGCAUGUCCCUGCAGGAGAAACUUCUUACUUACUACCGGAACCGGGCAGCCAUCCCUGCUGGCGAGCAGGCUCGGGCCAAGCAAGCCGCCGUGGACAUAUGUGCCGAGCUCCGGGGCUUCCUGCGGGCCAAGUUGCCUGACAUGCCACUUCGGGACAUGUACCUGAGUGGCAGCCUCUAUGAUGACCUGCAGGUGGUGACAGCCGACCACAUCCAACUCAUUGUGCCCCUUGUGCUGGAGCAGAACCUGUGGUCGUGUAUCCCCGGUGAGGACACCAUCAUGAACGUCCCUGGCUUCUUCCUGGUUCGUCGUGAGAACCCAGAAUACUUUCCUCGUGGAAGCAGUUACUGGGACCGCUGCGUAGUAGGGGGCUACCUCUCCCCCAAGACAGUGGCAGACACGUUUGAGAAGGUAGUGGCUGGCUCUAUCAACUGGCCAGCCAUAGGGUCCCUCUUGGACUAUGUGAUCCGCCCGGCACCACCCCCGGAGGCUCUGACGCUGGAAGUGCAGUAUGAGCGUGACAAGCAUCUCGUCAUUGACUUUCUGCCAUCAGUGACCCUUGGUGACACUGUCUUGGUGGCCAGACCACACCGACUAGCCCAGUAUGACAACCUGUGGCGGCUGAGCCUACGUCCUGCUGAGACGGCUCGCCUGCGAGCUUUGGACCAGGCCGACUCGGGCUGCCGAUCUCUGUGCCUCAAGAUCCUCAAGGCCAUAUGCAAGUCCACGCCGGCUCUGGGCCACCUCACUGCUAGCCAGCUCACCAACGUCAUCCUCCAUUUGGCCCAGGAGGAGGCUGACUGGUCUCCGGAUGUGCUGGCUGACCGUUUCCUGCAGGCCCUGAGGGGGCUCAUCAGCUACUUAGAGGCCGGGGUCUUGCCCAGUGCCCUAAACCCCAAGGUGAACUUAUUUGCAGAGCUCACCCCUGAAGAAAUAGACGAAUUGGGAUACACUCUCUAUUGCUCAUUGUCUGAACCGGAGGUGCUGCUGCAGACAUAGGGCAGGUGAAGGCCAAAGUGGGUGUCGGGUGGUCAGGCCCUGGAUUGUCCGUUAGAAACACUUGGCUACAUAGUUGGUGCCUCACAGGGCUUCUAGGUGCCUCCUGUCUUGCUGGUCAUUGCCCUGGUCACGUCAUGCUGAUUAGAAUGACAUCUCUUCAGCCUCCUAUUUUCUCACCCAGCUCUUUAUAUUUUUGCUACCAAACACUGUGCUUCCCCCCUUCCACCCACUCCGCCUCGCUGUGUUUUCAGAAUGAAUUGGAAGGCAGAACGCUGACCUGCACUGUUGAGACCGCUUGAUGUUUUGUGUUUUGGCCCAGGGUCCUGCUUCUGUCCAUCCUGCCUCUGCCCUGGUGCCUAUUCCUUUUUCAGUGUCUUUGCUUCUCGUUCACGCCUUGUUUUGCUCUUUUCCCUUGAGUGCAGCAUCUCCGUCAAGAUGCCGCUUCCAGCUGAGUGCCAUUGAAGCAGAACUCUAGAGUGAGUACUGAGACAGUAUUGUGGGUUUCUUGGGGUCAGGCCAGCGCUUUGACCUGGAAAGGAAGCCCGUUCCCCUCACCUCCUGACCAACUCGUAUUCCUGAGUGCUCAGAACGCCCCGUGGGAACACCGCUGCCGACCCACACGGGAGCGAAGGCUCAGGAUGAGCUGGAUGCAGAGUGAUGCGGAGACUGUAUUUCCCAGGGACCAACAGUGAGUGUGGCACAGGGUGACUGGAGAUGGUGUAGAGAGCCUGUGCCUGAUGUCUGUGCCUCAUCCGUGGCUGGCGCAGGCCAGCGCUGCUGUGUGCAGAGGUCAGACAAGACGAGAAAGCAGGAAGGCUGCCAGGGCGGACCGUUAAGGAAUGCAGCCUUAACAGUAGAGGUUGAAGGGAGGCCAACAGGAAGCUGAAUGUCAGCUGGAAAAUCCAGUCACCAGUUGAGGCUCGGUGACCACGUUUUCCCCCAACAGGCCCUGCCUUUCUAGGCUGUUGCCUUAGAGCAAGAACAGGCUCUACAGCCAGCCCUUUGUCCCCAGCGUCUGCCAUAGGAACCUGAAGGGGUGUUGGCCGAACUCCUGGCACCUCCAGAGGUCAGAGGGCAGCCAAACACAUGCAGACCUCUUUCCCCAUGUCCUGUCUCACCCGCACCUGGGGAGGGGGGUGCUACCCAGAAGAGAGCGCGUGGAGAAAAACAUCUAUAAGAGGGAGGUGGGGACUUUUGUGCUCCCUCUUAUUUCCUGCUGCUAAAGUUGCACUAUUUAUUGCAAUGUGAAAGUGUCCUGAGCGUGGGGACGGGUGUUCAAUACACAAUGUCAGUGCGUCUCGUUUUGCGGGCGGGUUGUUUUUCUUCCUGUUUGUGGCAAGAGGCUGAUAAAUUCUGUUUCUCAUCUGCCCAUCAGUAUUUUGUUCUCCCCCUAUCAAGUCUUGUUAUUUUUUUUCCAUUCUUGCUACCUCUCCAUCAGAUUCUGGUGAAGCUCUCUGCAGCUGUCUCACUCCUUCCCAACCACAGUGACAUGAAGUGACUCUAAGUAGCACCGAAGCCUCAGCUACCCUUUGAAUUUGGGGUAGAGAUUCCCGUGCCCUUUUUGUCAUAGACUGGGAGGUUGAGAACUAGGGUUAGUCUUGCUGUUCUUCCUGCUUUUCUCCCAUAUGUAUGCAAGGACGCCUUAAGGGGGUUCGAUUGUUUUGUCUGUGAAAUACUGAGAGGGAAUGACAGAUCAAGCUCAGAACCUUGAGAGAAAUGUUAGUGCACAAACUCCCCACCUUGGCUGUUCAUCAGAAUCAAAUGGGAGUUUAAAAAAGUAUAAGUGCCCAAGUGCUGCGGGGAGACUGGUGCAGUGGGUGUGGGUGACACCUGGGCGUCGAGGGCUCCGGGAGCCUGCCUGGCGUCCGUCAGAGGGAAGGGAAAGGGGAGGACUGGCAGUGUUGGAAAGUAGAGAGUAGUGUUUAUGGAGAGAGGAUUUGGUAUCCCUGCUGUGAGCGUUAUAAAACCUACACUUUUCCCACAUUCCACAGAACACAUUGGAAAGAGAGCUCAAAAAAGAAACAAUUUUUAAGACUGAAUACUAAAUUAUCAAAGGCCAAGUGUAGCUGUGAUUGUAGGGAGGGAAAUGAGUUUACCUCCUCUCACAAAGAGCGCCUUUCUGAGAAUGCCUCUGUCAUCUAACCACGUCAGCCACAAAAUCAAACACCGUAGUUUUGUCACUUUACGAGCAAGAACCUCUUAGAAGUCCUGAGAAUUUCCACCCACUGGCACUUCUGGCCUGUUCUGGAGGAUUUGCUGAUUGGGACUGGGCAAGCCGCUCUUUGCUGCCAUUUUCCUCCUCAUAAAAGGUGGAAGAUGGUUAAGCGUUUUGAGAUUCUUGGAUGGAAGAGGGCGACGUUGUUCUGCCUUGUUUGUUUUUUCAAACUUUAGUUACAGAUGGCAGUGGCUUUCCCCUGCUCUGCCUCCUUAUUCAGUAACCCCUACCUUUGCCUGAAGUAACAGAAUCUGCUCCUGCUGUCUGGAGGGUUUGUGCACCAUUUAGGUUAGCAAACCACACAGUGAGCCUCAGGCUUAAAAAGACACUCGUUAUUAUCCUGAAAACCCAAUCAAAGGUUUUUUCGGUUCUUCCUUGUUGCCCCUUCUUAAAAAAUGAGCUCAGAACAGUGGAUAUCUUUCUUUCUUUUUACAAUUGGUUGGGGCUUUUUUCUUUAAUAAAUUAAUGUCAAAGUUUAUGUUUGGUAAACUUGUGUUCACACGCCAGAUUAGCUGAUUUUGCUCCCGUGUUCUCCACUCAAGCUGAGAGCUCAAGUGGUUUUGAUGAGGAAUCAGGUUUAGGAUCAAAGGGCCUUGGAGGGUCCCUGCAGAUGAUUUUCCAGGUGGGGAACCUUGCAUGUGUCCAGAUUGCUCUGCUAAGGUCCUUAGGACUAGGGCCCUGGCUGUGAACUUCACUCAGAGGAUUUGCUAGAGCUCUGCCCUUCCUUCCUGAAGUUAACAGACAGGGUAAGAGAUAUUUAGGCAAAGGCUGACCCUGCACUGGGCUGUGAGGCUGUAGCCCUGUUAGACACUGCUGGACUAACACAGUGACCAAAAUACCAGGGGUUAUUCUCGGGUAACUACAGUCAGGUUGGUGUUUACUUUUUCAUUGUGACUUUAAAUUCUUGGUCCUGAGACCAAGUCCACAACUUGCCUUUUAGUCACUUGGCUCUCCUUCAGUGCAGUUGAUACGUAUAGCUGGUCAGUCUGGAGCCUAUCACCAGUCUUUCUGUCCUGGCCUGGCCAGGUCCAUGCAGGAACAGCUUAGCCUUGAGGCCCAGAGAAUCACUAUUUUUCUCCUUGAGGGAGGAAAUACAGCUGGGGAACAUGAUGUCCUUCCACAGCAUGGGAAGAAGAAAAUAAAACUUUGCAACAGCUUUGA